AUGGACGAUGCUGAAAUGAUAGACAAGCCGCAAAAGAAGAUACCGGUGAAGGUGCUUAGGUACUUCUCCAUUGUGCCGAUAUUGAGAAGAUUGUAUCAAUCAGCAGCACUGGCUGAGCAGUUGAUAUGGCACGCGACGAACAAGAGUAAGGAUGGGAAGAUGCGUCAUCCAACAGAUUCUUUGGCUUGGAAGCACAUAGACACAAAGUAUCCCGAGUUUGCUUCAGAUCCCCGUAAUUUGCGUCUUGGGCUUGCUGCUGAUGGAUUUAAUCCAUUUGGUGAUCUUUCCGCAGCCCACAGUUGUUGGCCAGUGACGCUCGUGGUUUAUAAUUUGCCUCCUCAGUUGUGUAUGCAAGGUGACAACAUAAUUCUGAGCAUGAUGAUUCCAGGAAAAAAACAACCGGGUAAUGACAUUGAUGUAUACUUGCAGCCCUUGAUUGAUGAUCUUUUUGAGUUGUGGGAGAAAGGGGUACAGGUAUAUGAUUCGUUUACUAAAACAGAUUUUAACUUGAAGGCGUUAUUAAUGUGGACAAUAAAUGAUUUCCCUGCAUAUGGUAAUUUAUCUGGAUGUACGUAUAAAGGGAAGGAAGCCUGUCCUCUUUGCGGUGAAAAUACACUUUCAAACUGGUUGGCAUUUAGUCGUAAAAUUGUCUACUUGAAUCAUAGGAUAUUUCUUCGUCAUAAUCAUCCUCUUCGGCAGAAAAAAGACUGGUUUAAUGGAGAGAUUGAGAGGAAGGAAAAGCCACCUGUUAUGUCUGGUGCUGCGGCACUUGAAUGUCAGAAUAGUAUUACAAAUGAUUUUGGGAAAUCAGAGAAGAACGAGGAGGAGAUAAGGAAAAAGAAAGAUCAAAAGAAGAAGAAUAAGGGCAAGAGUAGUGCGGCAGCAAGUGCAAAUGUGGGUAAUUCUAAAUGUGGGAAGCGGAAAAGGGAUGUUGUUGCUGAUGCGGCUAUUUCUGGUGCAAAUGAUGAUGAAACUGAACUUCGGGUGUUUAACAAACGAUCAAUAUUCUUCGACUUGCCUUACUGGAAGGAUUUAUUACUACGGCACAAUAUUGAUGUUAUGCAUACAGAAAAAAAUGUUUGCGAGAGUAUUAUUGGUACUAUAUUGAAUAUAAAGUCCAAAACAAAAGACGGUCUAAAGUCCCGCAAUGAUCUGAAGAGUAUGGGAAUAAGACCAGAAUUACAUCCAGUAGAGAUAAAUGGAAAAACGAUCCUUCCACCAGCACCAUACUGUUUAAAUGACAAGGAAAAGGCUAUAUUGUAUAAUAGGAUGAGAAAUUUAAAGGUUCCAUAUGGUUGUAGUUCUGAUCUUAGAAAGCAUUUCUCAAAAGAUGGUUGCUUAGGUGUUCUUAAGGCUCAUGAUUACCAUGUUCUUAUGCAACAAAUAUUACACGUUGCUUUGCAAGGACUUUUACCUGUAGGGCCAAGGGAGGCAAUUUUCAGGUUAUGUUCUUAUUUUCACGAAAUAUGCCAAAGGGCAGUUGAUCUCCAUAGAUUAAUAGAACUUGAAGUAGAAGUUGCUGAGACUUUGUGUAUGUUGGAGAGGUACUUCCCUCCGUCACUUUUUGAUGUCAUGAUGCACUUGACAAUUAACCUAGCUCGAGAAGUGCGAUUAUGUGGACCUGUACAAUAUCGUUGGAUGUAUCCAUUUGAAAGGUAUAUGAAGACAUUCAAAGAAUAUGUAAAAAAUUAUGCACAACCUGAAGCUUGUAUAGCCGAGUGUUAUCUUGGAAUGAAGUGUGUUAGGUAUUUUGAUAUUCGUAAGGCCCAAGCAGCUGAAACAGGAGUAGAGUAA